CAAUAUUUCACUCUUCUGCUAUUAGUUUUGAUUCAGGGCCAGAAUUCAUUUGUAAAUGUGAGAUCAGCAAAAGCUUGUUGAUGUUCGUGAUGUUAAAGGAGAUGAGUGUGUGAGCGGAAACUAACUGAUGUUGGGGGAGGAUUCACACACUGAUAAAUAUCAGUUCAGUCGUGUUUCAGGUCAAUCUGAGUGUUUCAGACAUUAAGAGUUACUAUCGUGGGCUUUUCAGUGAACCGAUGAAGAAGAUGUUUCUCAAAUUAGUUUUGCUCUGCUUGUGUUUGUGGCGUCUGGAUGGAGCGUUGCUGAAGUCAGUGUCAGUGAUGGAGGGAGAUUCAGUCUCUAUAAACUCUGACACGAAAAUAAAGGAUAAUGAUGUGAUUCAGUGGAGAUUUGGAGAUGAAAACACUUUAAUAGCAGAAAUCAAUAAACGGUUCGACAGAUUCACUGUAUAUGAUGAUGUUCUUGAUGGGAGAUUCAGAGACAGACUGAAGCUGGACAAUCAAACUGGAUCUCUGACCAUCACACACAUCACAACUAAACAUGCUGGAGAAUAUAGACUACAGAUCAACCGUGAGAUCAAGAGAUUCAAUCUCAUUGUCUUCGGACUGAAAUCAGUGUUUGAGGGAGAUUCAGUCUCUCUAAACUCUGACACUGUAAUGAAGGACGAUGAUGAGAUUCAGUGGAAGUUUGAAGAUGGAAAGACUUUAAUAGCAGAAAUCUAUAAACAGUUCGACAGAUUCACUGUAUAUGAUGAUGUUCUUGAUGGGAGAUUCAGAGACAGACUGAAGCUGGACAAUCAAACUGGAUCUCUGACCAUCACACACACCACAACUGAAGAUGCUGGACGUUAUAAUCUACUGAUGUAUUCAGGAAGACCAAAAGCAUUCAGAGAUUCUGAACGUUAUAAACUACAGAUUAAGAGUUUUUUUCUUGCUGUCAUUGAUGAAGUGAAGUCAGUGUCAGUGAUGGAGGGAGAUUCAGUCUCUCUAAACUCUAAUCUCACUGAAAUAAAGGAUGAUGAUGUGAUUCAGUGGUGGUUUGAAAAGACUUUAAUAGCAGAAAUCGAUAAACGGUCCGACAGAUUCACUGUAUAUGAUGAUGUUCUUGAUGGGAGAUUCAGACACAGACUGAAGCUGGACAAACAAACUGGAUCUCUGACCAUCACACACACCACAACUGAAGAUACUGGAGGUUAUCUACUACUGAAAUUUAAGUUUACAAGAAGAAGAUUCUCAUCAAAAUUAUUCAGAGUUUCUGUCUAUAACUCUGUCCACUGCUGUGGUCCUACUGAAGCUGUGAUCCGAUUGGUCCUCUCUGCUCUGGUGGGCGUGGCUACUGUCAUCAUUCUGGUUGAUGACAUCAGAUCCAGAAGAGCUGAAGGAGAUCAAGCACAUAUUCACACAUCAGGUGCAUGAUUGAUGAUGUCAUUUCUCACAAACUGAUUUGCCAAAUAUAUAUUUGUGAGGUUUAUUAAUUUUUGGCUUUAUAUUUUUCUUUAUCUUUUCUACUGAAAUCUAAAGCAGAACGCUGAACUUUAAAGGUUCUUCAAGUGUGUUAUUUGCUCUUCUAGUGUUUUUUUUCUUAAUAAAUACUGAAUAUUUGAGCUUGACGAUUUUUGAGGUUUAAAACAAUCUUAUUUGUAAGGCUUUAUUGUUGAUAUUUCUCUCAGAUACAAAAAAAAUAAUAAUAAAGAGACACAGAUCUCACUUUAAACUGCUGUAUAUUUGCUGUAUGUAUUUUCUUGCCUUUAUCAAUAAAGUUUCUCACUCUGAG